AUGGACGUGGAAAACAAUGACCCCAUCAAACCGGUGCAGUCGGUCGACCAAAGCGUUCAAGAUGCCCACGAUCUCGCGGCCAUGGGCCACGAUCAGGCCCUCACGCGCAAGUUCGACAUGUGGAGCAUGUUAGCUCUGGCCUUCUGCGUUCUUGGAACCUACUCCACCUUCGCACAGGACCUCAGCUCGGGUCUCGAAAAUGGCGGACCCAUCACCAUCCUGUGGGGUCUCGUGCUCGUGGCCGCCUGUAACCUCUGCGUCGCCCUCUCCCUCGGUGAGCUAGCCAGCAGCAUGCCGACCGCGCUGGGCCAGGCAUACUGGGUGUUCCGGCUGUGGAACUCCCCCUCGGGACGCUUCUGCUCGUACAUGUGCGCCUGGAUCAACACCUUCGGCUGGUGGACCCUGACGGCCUCGCAGGUGGCCUUCAUGACCGAGUUCCUGCUGGGCAUGAAGAACAUGUUCCAGCCCAGCUGGACCGGGUCAGCGACGGGCUGGCUGGAGUUCGUCGUCUACAUCGGCGUCGUGGUGCUGCUGACGGUCAUCAACGUGGUCAGCUGCCGGCGCGAGCGCAUCCUGCCCUGGAUCAACAACUUCGUCGGCGUCUGGUUCACGGGCCUGUUCGUGGUGCUGUCGCUGGCGCUGCUGAUCUCGGUCGGCACCAAGGCCGACCUGUCCUUCCAGCCCGGCGCGUUCGUCUUCGGCCGCUGGAUGAACCAGACAGGCUGGAGCGACGGUGUCGUCUGGUUCACGGGGCUCGUCCAGGCCGCGUACGGGCUGACCGCGUUCGACGCCGUCAUUCACAUGAUCGAAGAGAUCCCCGCGCCGCGCCGCAACGCACCGCGCGUCAUCUGGAUGGCGGUGCUCCUGGGCGCCGUGACAGGAUUCAUAUUCAUGGUCGUGUGUCUGUUCUGCGUGCAGAGCAUCGACAACGUCCUCGACUCGCCCAGCGGGCUCCCCUUCAUCGAGCUCAUGCUCGAAACGGUCGGCCUCAACGGCGGCGCCACCCUCAUCGCGCUCUUCAUCUUCAACGGCCUCGGCCAAGGCAUCAGCAUCCUCACGACUGCCUCCCGACUGACAUGGGGUUUCGCCCGCGACGGCGGCCUACCCUGGAGCCGGUACCUGACGCACGUCGACCCGGUGUGGAAGGUUCCCGUGCGGGCGCUCUGGUUCCAGGGAGUGCUGAUCGGAUUGGUGGGGGUGCUCUACCUGUUCGCCAACACGGUGCUAGACGCGAUCCUCAGCGUCAGCACGAUCGCGCUGACCGUCUCGUACGGGCUGCCGAUCGCCGCGCUGCUGGUCGUCGGGCGCGACCGGCUGCCGCCGGGGCCGUUCCGGCUGGGUCGGUGGGGCCCACUGCUGAACUGGGUCGGUGUCAUCUACUGCGCCAUCACGACGGUCUUUUUCUUCUUCCCGGGGUCGCCGUCCCCCGCGCCUAGCGACAUGAACUGGGCGAUUGCCGUGUUCGGGGUUAUGUUGGUUGUUGCUGUCGGGUUCUGGUUCGUCCAGGGCCGCAAGACUUAUCUCCGCACGGAGGACGCCCUGGCGCAGAUGAUUGUCGCGCAGCGGUUGGAGAACGAGGGUCUACCACAGCCGUAUAUUCCCGGCAUGCUGUAG